GUCCUCCUAAUGCUGCUGCUGCUACCGUUCCUAUGAUGCUGCACCCAGCAUGUGACCCAGCCAAGCUGGCAGCACUUGGAGCACCCAUGGGCAUGGUGCACAUGCCAAUGAUGGCAGGCCCCGUCGCUCACCCUGGUCCAGGUCAUAUGCCAUACCCUGUCCCAACCCAUUCCGCUGCUGCUGCAGGAAUUGCUGCUCCACAGUACAUGGCCGCAUUGCCUGCCAUGCCAUAUGGCAUGCCAGGGAUGGCACCUGUGGCCAUGUGGCAGUGGUUACCGCAGUCGGCUGUUGACACAUCCCAUGAUCAGAUGCUCAGGCCGCCUGUGGCAUGAUUUGAUUGCGUUGCAGGGAUGGGAUCGGAUAUUUGUCUCCAUUCGUUCGCCUUGGCUGUUUAAUAUAUUUUCCCUGCAUGUAAUGGAAAACCAGUGUGCCUGUUCACGAAUAUGCGUGCCUAGUGUA